GAGAGAGAAAGAGAAACAGGAGGUCUAAGCUGGUCAGAUGUGAAGUGUGUGUAGGAGAGGCUGUGUUUUCCUAAGGACUCUAUGCACAGCAGUACCAUCACACACUGCAGCAGAUCUCUGACACAUACUUUUGACAGUGAAUCUGAAAAAUUCAUUAAAGAAAAGGACUGGAAAUCCCCACAGAUGACAUGCAGCCUCAGAAGACGGUGGUAUGUGACCAUCCCGAAGGCUCACGGAUUGUUUUCUCAGAUGAAAGUCGUCCAGGAAAUGCUCUGUCCCCGGACAUGACACAAGAAGUAGUUGUGAUCUCGUCUGGUCCCCCUGUACCUCCUGUGACCCCAUACUACAGGACUGCUACUGCUCUGGCUCCUCAAAACAACGUUGCAGAGGUUAAUGGAGGUGUGCUGCCAACCCCUAGUUUUGGAUCCUACUAUGGCCCGGGUCAAUCCCAUGAUGGAUUAUCUAACGGUGGGCCACGCUCUGCUACUCUGCCUCGCACUUCCAUCAGCAGAGAGGAAAGGCUUAUUAAGUUCUCCGGGAUCGGCCCUGUGGAUGAAACGGGCAUGCCGAUCGCCUCCCGAUCUAGUGUGAACAAACCGAAGGACUGGUACAGGAGCAUGUUUCGACAGAUCCACAAGAAACCCGAGGAGACAGAAAUGGACUGGCAAGAAAGGAGGCUGAACGCUACUCCACCUGUAGAGUCGACUCAGGAGGAUGGACACGGACCUGAAAAAGACCCCUUCACCCUUACGCAGCAUGGAGCGCUGCCUGACUGGGCUGACCUGGGCGACGUAAUAAAGAUUCCAGAGCCGAAGAGCAUUUUCGACUUUGAGCCAGGACAAGGAGGCACAGUGGAGGAACAAGUGCAGUCACUGAGACAACCACCGGUCCACCACCCUCCUGAGAGAGCCCACUCUCCGUCCAUAGAGGCCACUCUGGUGUCGGAGCUAAACCGCUUCGAGGCAGAGCUGGACUCAGACAUCCGUGGCCUAGAGAGAAAGCUGUCUCUGAAGCAGCAGCAGCCACAGCGGCGAGGCAGGGGUGAGGGUGAAAAGAACACUGCAGGAGCAACGCCAUCUGGGAAAGGACCAGACUACAGCUACCUGAUUGGAGAAAAGCACCUUGGGACAAAAGAUAAAGCUAGUGCCUAUCCAAGCCAUCCCACCAAGCCUUGCACAGGCGUUCAGCAAGCGCCUAUUAUCACAUAUGCUAAUGACAGAACAGAGUGUGUGCCUGCAGACAUGGACUUCCUUCCUAAGAGAGAGGAGAAAAAGAUGAAAGCAGCACGAGCCAAAUUUGAUUUCCAAGCCCAGUCACCUAAAGAACUAACCCUGCAAAAGGGUGAUGUGGUAUACAUUCACCGUCAGGUUGAUGGCAACUGGUAUGAAGGAGAGCAUCAUGGGAGAGCAGGGAUCUUUCCUACCAGCUACGUCGAGAUCAUUCCUCCGACCGAGAAGCCAGUGCCAAUAAAGUCUCCCAGUGUACAGGUGCUGGAAUACGGUGAGGCCGUGGCUUUGUUCAACUUCAACGCCGACUUGCCGGUGGAGCUGUCAUUCCGGAAGGGCGAGGUGAUCUCCAUAACACGACGUGUGGACGAUCAGUGGUUGGAGGGUCGGGUCCCAGGCACUGCCCGCAGCGGCAUUUUCCCCGCCAACUACGUGCAGGUCAACAAAAUGCCCCGCACCAAAACCACCGAUGACCUUUCACCCUGCCCACUCUCGCCCCUCUCCCCUCACUGCACCCAGGCUCCGCUUUCACCUCACGCACGCACCAGCCAAUCACGCUCCCCCCUGUCACCCACACACCCUCUCGCCUCCACCAAACAGCCGUCCAAUUACUUUGUGUACUCGCCUGGCCCCGCGUCACCCACUCCACCCAACAGCCACAGGAGUUUCUCACCUUCAGCAUGCAGCACACUGGAGAGAGAAGCAAAAUCCCCUGUUUCACCGUCUGGUCAUGUCCUGGUGUCUUCACAGGGCCCAGGACUAGCAGCGAACAUGAACCCAAGGCCUUUGUAUUCUUAUCAGGAUGGCUCCAGGACAGACUCUCCUCAGUCUUAUACACACAUCAAAACUCCACUAGCCACAACUUCCCAGGUCAACAGCAGCACUACGGUCAUACCACGACAACCAUAUAAGGCAGUUUACAACUACAAGCCCCAGAAUGGAGAUGAGCUGGAGCUGAUGGAGGGGGACAUUGUUCAGGUGAUGGAGAAGUGCGAUGACGGCUGGUUUGUAGGUACGUCUGAGAGGACCCGAGCAUUCGGAACGUUUCCUGGCAACUAUGUGGCACCUGUUUGAACAUGAACAAAUGACUUGGCACCUUCACUACUUCUGCAGUCCCACUCACUUUUUUUACCAUAUACGGACACACACACACAUAUAUGUAUAUGUAUGCACAAUCAAUCAUCAAUCUGUCUAUCAUCAUCUUUCACUUUUCAGCCACUGAACUGGUUUGCAUGCCCAUACAACAUGCACUCCUUGACAUUUUGAGCACUUGUGUGUGUGCAUGUGUGUGUGCGUGUGUGCGUGUGUGUGCGUGUGCGUGUGUGUGUGUGUGUGUGUGUGUGUGUGUGUGUGUUUUCACAAGCACUCAUUGGAUGUAGCGGCAAUGGCAAAGACACUGUGUCAAGGCAGCUCGCUUGCUUUUAAAGCCACAAGUGACUGAUUUAAAAGGUGGCCAUGGGUAUGGUUUGGACUGGACUGCUGCCAGAGAGACUCAAGAUAGAGCUCCUUAUCCUCCACGUGUUUAUUUAGCAGUACAUCCUGUGUUUGACAUUUUGGUGUAAAAAUUUCCUCCGUCCUGCAUUUCAGAUCUGUAACAGUAACAGCGGGGCUCUGUGAACAAUCCCGGAGGACACUCAUCUGGAUAAACAAACUUUUUCACGUAUCAUGAUCAUUACAAAUGUAGUUGUUUUGUAUUUUUUUUUAAUGCUGGCUUGGCUAAAAAAAAAAAAAAAAAUUGCAACACAAUUAUGCAAAUCCUUACCUGCUAAAGCUUUGCCUAUGUGUAGUAUGUAUUAAUGCUGUGUAUCUCAAUAUUUUGCCCGAGGCACUAUUGAAGGAUCAACUCACUUGGCAGCAUUCUGGGGAUUGUUGUCAUUUUUCUGAGCUCGUGUAGUAACUCGUGAGAGAAGGUGCUUCAGUUUCUGCAUUUCAUAAAAUUAAAGCUUGGACAGGUCUGUAAUGUGUGAGCUAGACUUUGAUAGCUCGGAGCUGUAUGUCAGAACAGCGAAAUGUGAUUGCCUAGAUAACAAAAAAAAACUAGUCCUGAAAACGUAUGUUGAUAGAUCAUCAUUAGAUGUUGAGUAGAGACCGAAUGCGCUAUGACCGAUCCUUGCUGUGCGUCAUAAAGGGUAUGGCUCUGUCAAUAAAAUUGGGCAUUCCUUUAUAGAAAGCACAUCUUAGCUGGAACUUUUUUUCCAUCAAUCUGAUUUGGUGAAAAAACAGUAAAUUUGAUGUGGUUGGUUUUUUUUUUUUUUGGUUAAGUUGUAAGUUGUUACCACUAUGACCUUUUUACACAAGCUUGAGCCAUUCAGACAUGGUUUGGUUGUCCAUUCAGGGGAAACCAUUGCAGUUAUAAUUGACCACACACGAAUCCAUUCCUACAAGAAAGUUAAUGAGGUUAACAAUAUCAAACCCUGUUGUGACGUGAUCCUCGUUUGUCAUUGCAAUACUGAAGUGACCACUAAAUUUCAUUCCGAAAUCGUAAAUGUUCUCCGAACAAUGAAGCGAAAGGCGACAAAACUAAAGAAAAAGGACGUUUUUCCAUCUUAUUAUGAACAGGAAUGUAACCAUGUAAUGUACGUAUAUACAGCAAUUGUGGCACAAUGUUAUCUCAUCAUCCCUGCCAUUUUCAUUUUGAACGAAAAAGCGACGUCGAAAUAAACGUGCCUCACAUUUGUAGUCAUGAUUUCUCAGAGGACUAAGACCACAUGUUAUAAUGAGAUGGUUAGGUUACACUAGACAACGAUCAACACGUGUAUGUGGUUGUAUUGUGUCGGAUACUUCUCUCUAACUCAAGUAUUAUUUCUUUUUUUUUUGAGACUGUACAGAUAACAGUUAUCCAACUGCAAGAAAAUAUAAUAUAUUUUUACUGAUUGCACAGUGUAUUUCAGUAGCUAUGGUACUCACAAAUUUUUGAUAACCAUCAAAUAAAUGCAUCAUGUGCUGGAAAAUGA